AUGAACGUUGACCGAGCCCCAUCGCCUCCGCGUCCGACGCCCGCUUCUCGCAUGGCUUUAUCUGCACUCGUCAAUUCUCCUCCGCCCGCGUCGCCCCCUCGGUCCUCGCGUCCUAGCGGCGACCUUCCCAGGCAGUCAUCGCACUACAGCUACGCCGCCGAGUCUCGCGGUGGCUACGAUACCCCGCCAUACGCUGCACGCAGCCGUUCCGACUAUUACAGUGCAGCUGCGCCUGUAGAUGUUGGUCGGAGUUACCUCCACCGCGGUGACACCAAAGGUGGGCCUUCAUACGACCGCAGUGGUUCGUAUGAGCGUCAAACCUCGUAUGAUGGCCCCGAAGCCGACCCCUACGACAACUAUGAUGACUCGCGUCAUCAUGGCCACCGCCCGCGGUCGCGUCCUGGGCCCUCCGCUUCAUCUUCAUACCCAUACCGUUCCCCUUCCCCUCCGCCUGCACCUUCUCGCUCCGCUCCAACUUUCCAGCCAUUUGAACCCUCGGGCUGGCGGAACGGACGCGCGUCUCCUUCGCGCCCAGAGUCAAGCGCAGGCUCAGACCGUCGUCACUCGCCAGAGCCGGCGCCACAACCUGUCGAGACGACCACACCAACAGUCGCAAACUCGGGACGCAAAGGUGUGAUGAGACCCGACGACGGCCUCACCGCCAACGACGAGGUCUGGCAAGAGCACCUCCGCCUUUUCCAGCAGCGUCGUGAGCGCGAAGCAUCCCAGAUCGUCCACUGGACGCCUGCCCUCGGGAACGGCGACGAGCGUCCUGUCAAGGUCCCCGUCAAGCGCAAGGGCUGGCCCGCGGACCACCCGACGCGUAUUGCUCAACGCCAGGCUAAAGAGGCUGCCAUUGCCGCUGGUAUCGAGAUCCCCAAGAAAAAGUACAAGCGCAAGCCCAAGGUGUCGUCUGCGGCCAUUGACGAUGAGCUUCUCGGCCUGGUCGAGGGCGACGUCAAAGGAAGCAGCCCCAUGCCCCCUUCUUCGGCCAUUGACGGUGACGAAACACGCGAUGAGAUCACUGUCCCUGGCGACCCCAAUGGAAUUGUGUGGCCAUGCGGCCUCACUCGUCUCGAAGUCAUGGCCAAGGUCGAGGUCAACGACCUUCGCGGUCUCACCGAAGACGACGUCAAGCAGGUCCAGGACGAGAUGUGGCUGCGGAAGAACGGUCCCGCCUCGUUGCGCAAGGACGGUACGAUGCGCAAGAAGCCUGGGCCCGCCAAGGGCUGGAAGGCGAUGCGCAAGAUGCAGGAGCGUGUCGCUCGCGGCGAGGCCGUCGAGGACAGCGACGCCGGCGAUACGACGUUCAACGGCGAGGCGGAUGCCGACAUUGCAGCCCUUCUCGAGGAUGGCGGCGAGGCCAGCCCCGCGCCUACCAAGCCCAAAACCAAGCGCAGGAAGAAGCAGCACGCUGUCGACCUUGCCGAGGAGGCGAUCAUCUCCGAGCUCGACGACAUCAAGCCUCCCCACACCGACGACGAGCCGUCUGGCAUGGAGAAUGGCGACACCCCCAUCUCCACUACCAAGAAGCGCUCAAGCAAGGCCAAGGAGCCUGGGGUUGGGAAGGGCCGCUGGACCCGUCCCCCCAAGGGCGAGAAGGAGACGCCGACCAGCAAGCGCGGCGAAGGCAAGAAGCAGGCCGCGGGCGACCAGUCCGAGGCUGGCGACCUCGACAUUGCAGACAACGUGUCAGAAGUCGGUCCUCCUCCGCCACCGCCUGCUCCCGAGCACAUUCCUAACACGUACGACCCUCGCGGCGUGUCCGAGUCCGAGGCCAAGGUCCGCCUUGGUCUUGUCGACGAGAUCCAGCGCCAGGUCUGGAUGUCCAUCUGCCGUGACAUUCCCAGGGUCUACCGUGUCAACCAGGCAUACGACAGCGCUACCAAGCAAGACUGUCUGCGUACAGCACAGGCCGUUGUGCGCAACGCCUUUAGCCAGCGCAACAUGAAGCCCACGUACCGCUCGUCGACCAAGAUCAACAAGGACGCCGCCGUCAAGGGCAAAAAGGUCAUGCGCGAAAUGCUCGUGUACUGGCGCAAGAACGAAAAGGACGAGCUGGCUGCGCGCAAGCGUGCCGAGAAAGAGGCCCUCGAAAAGGCAAAGGCCGAGGAAGAGGCGCGCGAAUCCAAGCGUCAAGCCCGCAAGCUCAACUUCCUGCUCACCCAGACCGAGCUGUACUCGCACUUUAUCGGCAAGAAGAUCAAGACUGCCGAGGCCGAGGGCAACGACGGCGAGUCUACGCCUCGUGGUCCUCCUCCCGAAGGUCACGAGCUCGACGGCGUGGACGGUACCGAGCCGCUCAAGGAGCUCGACUAUGACGAGGACGACGACGAGAACCUGCGUCGCCACGCAGCCAAGAGCGCCCAGGCGGCCAUCCAGGCCAACAAGGACCGCGCUCGCGACUUUGACGCCACGCAAAACGCCAACGGCAAGGUGCUCGACGAUGACACCAUGGACGGCGACGAGCUCAACUUCCAGAACCCGUCGCUCGGUGACAACAGUGUCACCAUCACCCAGCCCAAGAUGCUCAUGGCCCAGCUCAAGGAGUACCAGCUCAAGGGUCUCACCUGGCUCGGAAACCUUUACGAGCAAGGUAUCAACGGUAUCCUUGCCGAUGAAAUGGGUCUCGGAAAGACUAUCCAGUCCAUCUCGCUUCUCGCGUACCUUGCCGAGAGCCACAACUUGUGGGGUCCCUUCCUGGUCAUUGCACCAGCCUCGACACUCCACAACUGGCAGCAAGAGCUGGCCCGUUUCGUGCCCCGUCUCAAGGCUCUUCCUUACUGGGGUUCGCCCAAGGACCGCGAGACCCUCCGUCGUAUCUGGAACAAGAAGAACCAGACUUUCACCGAGGACUCGCCCUUCCACAUUCUCGUCACCAGCUACCAGUUGGCUGUCAUGGAUGAAAAGUACUUCCACGGCAUGAAGUGGCAGUACAUGAUCCUCGACGAGGCGCAGGCCAUUAAGAGCUCGUCGUCAAACCGUUGGAAGUCGCUUCUUUCGAUCGACUGCCGUAACCGUCUUCUGCUGACGGGUACACCCAUUCAAAAUUCGAUGCACGAGCUCUGGGCGCUUCUCCACUUUAUCAUGCCCCAGCUGUUCGACUCGCACGAAGAGUUUGCCGAAUGGUUCUCCAAGGACAUUGAGAACGCCGCCAGUGGUGCCGACAAGUCGCAGCUCAAGCCCGAACAGCUCAAGCGUCUGCACAUGAUCUUGAAACCGUUCAUGCUGCGUCGUGUCAAGAAGCACGUCCAGAAGGAGCUUGGUGACAAGAUUGAGAUUGACCUCCUCGUCGACCUGAGUGGCCGCCAGAGGAAGAUCUACAAGGCUCUGCGCCAGCGUGUUUCUAUCUCGGACCUCAUUGCUCAGGCCAACAACUCGUCCGACUCGGCCAGUGCCAAGUCGCUCAUGAACUUGGUCAUGCAGUUCCGCAAGGUCUGCAACCACCCCGACCUGUUUGAGCGCGCCGACGUUGUAUCGCCGUUCAUGUUUGGCACGUUUAGCCAGAGUGGUAACCUCAACCGCCAGGGCGACUUGCUAUACUGCCCCGAGUCGUGGCGCAACGCCAUCGAGGUGCCGUUGCCCAAGAUUGUGUGGACCGACGGCGGCAAGCUCAACCGGCCAGGAGAGACGAGCCUCGCGGGCUCGGACACGCACGUCCUCAACAACCUGCUCAACAUUUGGAGCACCGACUGGAUCAACUCGUCGCUCAAGGAGGACAACUCGAACUUUGGUUUCCUCCGGAUCAUGGACCAGUCGCCUGCCGAGACACACCACCGUGCCACUGCCCACCCCUUGGUCAAGCUGCUCGAGGGCUCGGAGGACUCGUACGAAUAUGUCGUCAAGGGCCCGUUCAUCUCGGACGCUACGUUUGCUGCCUCGUCCAAAAAGUACAACCCCCUUGCCCCGCGCGUGCCGCUGGCCGCCGCGCAAGGCCUCCCUGCCCUGCGCGACAUUACAACGCAGGUGUGGAACGAGUCGUACUUUUCUCGCGGCGGCGCUCGCUUUGCCUCUGUCGAUGCCGUUGCACCGCCCAUCACCCCUGUGGUCUCGAGCCGCUCGUUUGUCGACACGCAGCAGCGUCUGGCCAACGACCAGACUGUCCACUCGGCUCUGUACGGCGUUACGCCCAGCGAGCGCGACAAGAGCUUGGCCGUGGCGCAGCUGGACCACAUCGUGCCCGGCGUCCCUCCCUCUGGUCUCCUCGGCGCAUCGCCAGCGUACCAGACGCCCAUUUCGACGCUCAGCGCACCGCAGAUCAAGCGCAUGAUUGUCGACUCGGCGAAGCUCGCUCGUCUCGACGACCUGUUGCGCGAGCUCAAGGCCGGCGGCCACCGUGUCCUGCUCUACUUCCAAAUGACCAAGAUGAUGGACCUCAUCGAAGAGUACCUCAUCUACAGGCAGUACAAGUACCUCCGCCUCGACGGUUCGUCCGCUAUUGGCGACCGUCGCGACAUGGUCACGUCGUGGCAGACCAACCCGGACAUUUUCGUCUUCUGCCUCAGUACCCGCGCCGGUGGUCUGGGUAUCAACCUGACUGCUGCGGACACUGUGGUCUUUUACGACCACGACUGGAACCCUUCCAACGACGCACAGGCCAUGGACCGCGCGCACCGUGUCGGCCAGACCAAACAGGUCACCGUCUACCGCCUCAUUGCACGCGGCACGAUCGAGGACCGUAUUGUCAAGCUCGCCCGUGCGAAAAAGGACGUGCAGGACAUUGUCGUUGGCCAAAAGUCGAUCAACGACGUCACCAAGCCGGCCGAGAUUGCCUCGCUGUUCAUGGACGACGAGGAACUCGCCGAGUCGGUCGCCAAGCGCAAACAGGCCGAGGCCCACGGCUACACUGCUCCGGCCUUUGGCGCCGCCACCCAGCGUCGUUCGGCCUUUGGUGACGGUCUCGGCAACUUUGACGACGACGGCGACGACUUCUUCUCGGCGGCCAACGCCCGUCCCGCAGCCGACGACGACGACAUGGACGACCGCGCGCCCAGUGGCGCGCGCACACCUGUGCCCAAAAAGGCCGGCGCGGCGGCCAAGAAGAAGGACGGCAAGAAGGCCAAGCCACGCGCGAAAAAGGUCAAGAUUGCGCUCGGGCCCGACGGCCUCCCCAUCUAA